GUUCAUCCUUCUUUCCUACGUCGCGUCCCAAUAUGGCGGCCCCCUGGUGGAGGGCGGCGGCGGCAGCUCGGCGGGGCCUUGAGGCCUUUGUAGGGAGUCCUGGCAAUACUUCCUGGCACCUUUGUGCAAGGCGGGAUUUCCGGACCAGUGUUGCCUGCUGUAAGAACCGAGCAGCUCGAGUUCGUGUUGGGAAAGGAGACAAGCCUGUAACCUAUGAGGAAGCCCACCCACCCCACUUCAUUGCACACCGCAAGGGCUGGCUCUCCCAGCACACAAGUAACCUGAGUGGCGAGGGAGGGGCAGCUGAACGCUCUGUGGAGGAUGUCUUCAUUCGCAAGUUAAUCUACGGCACCUUCCAUGACUGCCUGGCCAGCGAGAUUGUGUUGAAGCGCCGUGCCAACACGCUAAUAAUCUGCGCCAUUUUCCUGCAGAAGCUGCAGCCUUCCAAGUUCUACUUCCUGAUUGGCUAUACAGAGACAUUGCUCUCCUUCCUGUACAAGUGCCCCGUCAAGAUGGAAGUGCAGACGGUUCGUGAGAAGGUGGUCUACAAGUAUCUCUAGUUCUGGCCGUCCCUGCUGGGGAGAGCUUGUCUUUGAGCCAAGACCCAGCUGGGCCUCCUGCUUCUUGAGCCAGGAGCAGGACCCUUCCAGCCAGGGACUUCAGAGGGAGUUUUGCUUGUGAAGGCUCAGAGAAUGACUGAGCCCUGUGAAAGGAGUUGGGGUUUGGGGUUUUUUUUUGUUGAAACUCAAACAAAGAAUGUUUGUGCCCCUUAUUUGCGGCUCUUUCCAGAUCUAUUUUCCUGGACUCCCGACUUAUAUGCCAGGAGCAUCCGAGAAGCUGUUGACAUCCAUUGGGCUUAACCCUGCUCCAGGCAGGGGCUUGAUGUAUCUUUGUGGCUAUAGCAGCCGUGGUGCAGAAGCUGCUCAAAACAUCCCCUCCUAUAUGGCAGCCUCUUUGGGGUGGUCCUGCAGGUUUCCAUUCAGUGACAAUUGCAGAAUAUCUGGUUCACACA